CCAGAAAGGAAAGAAGCAGAUUCACCAUGGCUGUCCGAGCUCAUGCGAACAACGGUGAAGACCAAAUCACCAACCAAAAUGUGAUCAAUAAUUAUUUCAUCGGCCCACGGGCUAGCAAUAUGCCCGAUUUCAGAGCAAACAUCAACACUGUCCUCGAUGAACUGCUCGAAACCAGGCUGGAUUAUUACCCCGAAGACAACAACCAAAAAUUUAUCACGAAGGAGGUCAGAAGAUCAAAGGAGUUCCAAAGGGUCAGAGACAAUUUCGGUGAUGUUGUCCGAAAGGUUGCCCAGCUCCUGGGAGAGCAUUCGGUGCCUUUCUGGUCUCCACGUUAUGAAGCCCACAUGUGCACCGACUUGACCAUGCCUUCCCUGUUGGGAUACUUCAUGACGAUGUUGUACAACCCCAACAACGUCGCCCUUGAAGCCAGUCCCAUGACUACCGUCGCGGAAUUGUUGGUCGGACAGCAACUUUGUGGGCUGUUUGGAUACAGAACUCCUCACACUCCUGAUCCGAAAGGAAAGAGAAAGCAAGAGGAGCCCUUGUCAUGGGGUCAUAUUACCUGCGAUGGCACUGUUGCCAAUCUGGAAUCCAUUUGGGUUGCGCGAAACCUGAAGUUUUACCCCUUGAAUCUUUAUCUAGCCAUCAAAUAUGGAAAGCUCAAGUUCAUCGCGGAUAAAUUCGAAGUGGAAACCCUUACAGAUGGGAAAAAGAAGUUUGCAAGUCUGAAAACCUGGGAUCUUCUCAACCUGAAGCCCAAGACUGUUCUUGAUCUGCCAGAUCUGCUGUUCGAGAACUAUGGAAUUUCGAGUGACUUCCUCAAGGAUGCUUUGGAGCCCUAUAACAUCCAGUCAGCCGGUCUAAUGCAUAAGGAGACCGACGAGGAAAACAGCACUCCCGAGACCAAGGAGAUCGACAAGUUUUACAGAAGCCUUAAACCGAUGAAAUUCAUUCUGUCAAAGACUCGCCAUUACUCCUGGCCGAAGGGACUUGCAAUUGCCGGCCUGGGCUCUGGAAAUCUCCUAGAAGUCGAGGUUGAUGACGAUGCCCACAUUGACCUUGUGCAGCUAGAAGAGAAGCUUGAAUAUUGCCUUGACAAAAAGAUCCCCGUGUAUGCGGUUGUCGCCAUCAUUGGCUCCACUGAAGAAGGAGCUGUCGACCGACUGUCGAAGAUUAUCGAUCUUAGGGAAAAGUUUCAGAAGCGAGGUCUUUCUUUCAUCGUUCACGCUGACGCUGCCUGGGGAGGCUACUUUGCCACCAUGCUACACCGGAGUCGAGAUGGCAGACCUGAACAGGGCGGUGCCGACAGAGGUGCUGUGCCCGCACUGACCCUGCGAAAGGAGACUGAAGAAGACCUUAUAGCUCUUCAGCAUGCGGAUUCAAUCACGGUUGACCCGCACAAGGCUGGAUAUGUCCCAUAUCCGGCAGGAAGCCUGGUGUACAAAGACGGACGGAUGAGGUAUCUGGUGACAUGGUCCAGUCCCUAUUUGUCUCAGGGAUCGUCGGAGAACAUCGGUGUCUAUGGUGUAGAGGGAAGUAAACCUGGAGCUGCUGCCAUGUCGACUUGGCUUUCUAACCAGACAAUCGGCUUGGAUCCAGAUGGAUAUGGAAAGCUGCUUGGUCAAGCUUCUUUCACGAGUUCCAGACUGUCUGUGCGCUAUGCAGUUCACAGUAACUUCAAACAAGGAGAGCGCAAGCCCUUCAUCUGCGUCCCUCUCAACAGACUGCCCAAGGAGAGAGAAGGAUUCGCCUUCAAUUCUGACGAAGUUGAAGGAGACCGUGACGAGAUUCGAAAAAAGAUUCUCGGUAAAGACAACGAGGUCCUCAUGAAGCACCCUGACGCAAUGAAGUUGCUGCGUGAACUGGGCUCGGACACGAACAUCAACGCCUUUUCCCUCAACUUCUACCUCAAGAAAGAGAAAGAUGAGAAGGAAGAGAACACAAAGCUUAACACCGACGUCGAGGAAGCCAACUACUUGAUGAAGAGAGUGGUCGACAGACUUUCAAUCACCACUGCCAACACCGACCCAACAAAGAUCCCCGUCUACUUGACCUCCACAAAGUUCGAGCAGGAACUGUACGGGAAGUGCGCAAAGAACUUUAUGAAGAGACUGGGCCUCGCAGAGGUCGACGAGGAUCUUUUUGUCCUGCGCAACGUGGUUAUGAGCCCCUUUCCCACCAAGCAUUACUUCAUCGGGAAGCUCUGGGAUGAAUUCGAGAAGGUCGUUAACCAAGAAGUCAGAAGAGUCAGGACUCGCAACGAUCCGGCCGCUCACAAGGCUCAGUUCCUGUUGCAGGGCACAGACAAGAUCUUCCUGGUCUUGCAGACUUCCUUCCAUACUGCUACUCUCCGGCAGCAGCUCAUUGUUCGUGCAGACCUCGAUGAUGAGCUCAAGCAGAAGUAUGUCAAGCUCAAGGGGGACAACCCAGAAACUUCUCUCCUCUUGGUGUCCCGAGGCAAGAUCAAUCUUAAGGAAGGUAUUGAAAAAAUUGAGAGUCUUCCUGGCAAGACUUUCGAAUUCGGGGCAGAGAUCUUCAAAAAGGCAGAUUAUCUCAACAACCCAGAAUACUAUCGUCACGACCCAGAUCUAUAUCUCCGCAACUUGAACGCAUACCGUCAUGAUCCUAAACAAUUCCUUCGCAACCUAGACGAAUAUAUUCAGAACACCGAAGAAUAUCUUCGCCACCCAGAAAAAUAUGUUCACAACCCAGAUGACUUCUCUCAAGUCCUAGAAGAACAAAUCGAGGACGUAGGAGAAUAUCUUCACAACCUGAAGGAAUAUUUCGCCAAGCUGAAGGACCCCAAGGAGCCCACCAAAUCCUUGGCCCAAGGAAAGGUCAAGAUCACAAGGGACGGCAUUAUCAAGAGUCGACCUUUGAACUCGAUCAACCGAGACCUUAAAUAUCCCCAGGAAAACAUGCCUUUCUACCUUUACGGUACUCCCGACCACGUGCACAUCUCCCACGUGCUUGUUCGAGCCCCCAACAUCGCCCUCUCCGCCGCAAACGUCAAAUUAUCAAUCUUCGCCGGCGUGGAAGACCGUCUGAGUGCUGACGAUCUCUCCAAGGGAUUGAUCCUCGGCCUGACCGAAAAGCCAGAAGUCGCCAUGCAGCCAUUCUCAGGACAGGUCUCUGCGACAGCCGAAUCGCCCGACGAGACCUUCUUUUUCCGCAGUGGAAAGAAGUUCCAAGUCAAUAUCUGGCGGGACAAGAAGGCAAGCAACGCCGCGGGCCCCGGACUGUUGAACGACCUGGGAGAUCCCUUCUGGAGCGGAACAUUGACUCUAGGCAACGAUGUAGACUAUGAUUCUGAAUGGCCGAACAAGGAUCCGGCGGCUACUCAGAAGGUCGAUGCUGAUCGCUGGCAGACGGAGCUGCGCAGUAUUGGCAACGUUCUCAAUGCCGGAUACGUGGACCCCCCGGCUGAAUAGACGGCGACGCAUGUGAUGUACUAUUCAGCUCACUCAUUUCUUGAACUUGAUUAUACUACAAAUAUUAAACACUAUGUUGAAAAGUAUCGCAUACCCAACUACUAACCUGCUGGCGUGUGACUUCUUAUUUUUACAAAAGAGGUGUGGUAUUAUAUAAAAAUGUUGAAUAAAUUUAC